UCAGCAGUUGAACUAUGGAAAUGGAUUUUUCCAUAUGUCCACUUACACCCUUCCUGUGUUCUUACAAGAUGAACCAGUCAGCAGUAUUAAAUUGUAAUUCUUUAGUUUUGUUUUUGCAAUAUAUUCUUUAGGUCAUAUGUUAUAAGCCUCUUAGGUACUGUCAUUCAUGUAGCAUAGACAAUAAUGUUGUAUGAAUACAUCAUUGAAGUAAUAUAAACAACUGCAAAAAGGUAAUGCAAGACACUAAAGAACCCUAUAUAUCUCUGUAAAAGCUGGUGACAUCUCCUGAAGGUAUUGGACUUCUAAGAUCUGUAGGAAUUUGAACUCCUCUGGGGGACAGGAAUCACAAACAAUGUCAAAAAUUUAUAUAGAAAAGAAAUGUACCUUACUAUUUUUUCCUACUUUAUCAGCCAUUUAUAGGGGUCCCUCCAACAGCCAAGCUUAUCUUCCUGUGAGCCCGACCUUUAGAACUUCAUAUAUAAUAUUUAAUCAGGUUUUAGGAACCAAUGAGGAUAAUAUGGGGGAUGGUUGCUCUCAGAAACUGGCCUCUGCAAAAUUCCUCCGACUUUUGCUCCUAAUUUUGAUUCCUUGCAUCUGUGCCCUUAUCCUUUUGUUAGUGAUUCUACUUACCUUUGUAGGGGUACUAGAAAACACAUGCUUUUAUUCAAAUGGAAGUGAGGUCUUCACAGUUAACAGUGACAUUGAAACAUCUCAUGAUCCUUUUCCAAACAUGGCUGAAAAUAGUUCCAAGGUUCAUCCCACAGGGGAUCUCAGCUCACAUCCCCUCUCCUGGACCACUACGCCUUUAUCUCACAUUGACCUAAUAAACAAGAACUCAAAUAUAUUUAGAGAUACUUUCCAGGAAAAUUCAUUUAAUCCUGCAACUCAAGACUCAUUGCUCAAUCCUGAUCCUCCAGAUGAUGCUGUUUUGGCAGAGGUCCCUGAAGACAGCACCCAGCUGUUUGCCACUGCAAAGGAGGAGACGUGGUCCACUGACAUAUCAUUUAACAUCACAGAGAGGAUGGCCAGUCUGCCUGUAUUAAGUCCUACCCGUCCAUCUGUGUCACAGAAAAUGAAUCAGAAGAAAAGUGCCUGCAUAAAUAUCACCAACAGCCAGUGCCAAAUGCUGCCAUAUAACUACACCACUUUAACUUCAGUUCUUUCCAUUGUCAAAAGCAUUGAAAUGCAAAAGUUCCUGAAGUUCUUCAGUUAUCUCAACCGUCUCAGCUGCUACCAACACAUCAUGCUGUUUGGCUGUAGUCUUGCUCUUCCUGAAUGCGUCAGUGACGGUGAUGACAGUCGAGGUCUCCUGCCCUGCAGGACAUUUUGUGAGGCAGCAAAAGAAGGGUGUGAACCAGUCUUGGGGAUGGUAAAUGCUUCUUGGCCAGAAUUCCUCAAGUGCUCUCAAUUCCAAAACAAAACUGAAAAUGACACCACCACAAGGGUAUGCUUCUCACCACACCAAGAGAAAGGAAAGCAAACACUGUGUGGAGGAGAUGAGAGUUUCUUGUGUGCUAGUGGGAUCUGCAUCCCAGGGAAACUGCAGUGUAAUGGCUACAAUGACUGUGAUGACUGGAGUGAUGAGGUCCACUGCAACUGCAGUGACGACGUAUUUCGUUGUAACACAGGAAAAUGCCUCAAUUAUACCUUUGUUUGUGAUGGAUAUGAUGACUGUGGAGACCUUAGUGAUGAACAAAACUGUGAUUGUAAUCCAAUGAUGCAUCAUCAGUGUGGAGAUGGAAGAUGUAUAACAGCUGAUUGGGUAUGUGAUGGUGACCAUGACUGUACAGACAAGUCAGAUGAAAUCAAUUGCUCAUGUCAUAGUCAAGGUCUGGUGGAGUGCAAAAAUGGGCAGUGCAUUCCCAGUGCAUUCCAGUGUGAUGGAGAUAAUGACUGCAAAGAUGGAAGUGAUGAAGAAAACUGCAGUGAAAGUCACACCCUCUGUCAGGAGGGAGACCAGAGAUGUACUGCCUGUCCUGAUCCCUGUGGAUCUUCUCUCUGUGAGAUGAGAGAUAGUCAGACAAACUGCAGUCAGUGUGAACCAAUUACUCUGGAACUCUGUAUGAACUUGCCUUACAACUAUACUAAUUAUCCAAACUAUCUGGGCCACAGAACUCAGAAGGAAGCCUCUAUCAGCUGGGAAUCAUCUCUUUUCCCAGCCUUGGUUCAGACUAACUGCUAUAAGUACCUUAUGUUUUUCGCCUGUACAAUCUUAGUUCCAAAAUGUGACCCCUAUACAAAUCAGCGGAUCCCACCUUGCAGGACAUUGUGUGAACAGUCCAAGGAACGCUGUGAGUCUGUACUUGGCAUUGUAGGCCUGCAGUGGCCAGAAGAUACAGACUGUACUCAAUUUCCAGAUGAGAACUCAAACAACCAAACUUGUCUAACACCAGAUGAAGAUGUAGAAGAGUGCUCACCCAGUCACUUCAAGUGCCGAUCUGGGAGGUGUGUCCUGGCAUCCAGAAGAUGUGAUGGUCAAGCUGACUGUGAGGAUGAUAGUGAUGAGGAAAGCUGUGGUUGUAGAGAAAGGGGUCUUUGGGAGUGUCCUUUGAAGAAGCUGUGCAUCGAGCACACUAUGAUCUGUGAUGGUUUCCCAGACUGCCCUGACAAGAUGGAUGAGAAGAACUGCUCCUUUUGUGAGGAGGACCAGCUUGAAUGUGCUAACCAUGAAUGUGUGCCACGUGAGCUCUGGUGUGACGGACAAGUAGAUUGCAGUGACAGCUCCGAUGAAUGGGACUGUGUUACCCUGUCUAAAAACAUGAAUUCCUUGACGUUCCUGACAAUUCACAGGUCAGCUGCUGAUUACCAUGUUUGUGCUGAUGAGUGGCAGGAAAAUUUGAGCCAACUGGCCUGCAAUCAGAUGGGUUUAGGAGGACCAUCUAAAACAAAAAUUGUACAAGAAAAUGAGGCAAAGCGGCAUCACAAAUGGCUGAAUCUGCACUCAGACUGGAAGAAUACAAACGCAUCCACUUUACACGCCCUUCUAGUGAAUGGGCAGAUGUGUCGAAGCAGCAGCAAAGUGUCUCUUCUCUGUACUAAAGAAGAUUGUGGCCGUCGCCCAGCCGCUCGCAUGAGCAAGAGAAUCCUUGGUGGCAGGACCAGUCGCCCAGGCCGAUGGCCGUGGCAAUGCUCUCUGCAGAGUGAGCCAAGUGGACACAUUUGUGGCUGUGUUUUGAUUGCAAAGAGAUGGGUCUUGACAGUAGCGCAUUGCUUUGAAGGGAGAGAAAAUGCAGCUGUUUGGAAAGUAGUAUUUGGUAUAAGCAAUCUGGAUCAUCCAUCAGGCUUCAUGCAGACCCGACUAGUGAAGACCAUUAUCCUGCAUCCACGCUACAAUAGAGCGGUAGUAGACUAUGAUAUCAGCAUUGUAGAACUAAAUGAAGAUAUCAUUGAGACGAGUUACGUACGACCUGUCUGUCUACCCAGCAAGGACCAGUUGGUUCAGCCGGACACCUACUGCUACAUCACAGGCUGGGGACACAUGGGCAACAAAAUGCCUUUUAAGCUUCAGGAAGGAGAAGUUCGCAUCAUUUCCUUAGAACAAUGCCAGUCAUACUUUGACAUGAAAACCAUCACCAGCAGGAUGUUAUGUGCUGGCUAUGAGUCUGGCACUGUGGACUCUUGCAUGGGUGACAGUGGAGGACCACUUGUGUGUGAGCAACCCGCAGGGCGCUGGACUUUGUUUGGUUUAACAUCUUGGGGCUCUGUCUGCUUUUCCAAGGUUCUGGGACCUGGAGUUUACAGCAAUGUGUCACAUUUUAUUGAGUGGAUUGAAAGACAAAUAUACAUCCACACCUUUCUGCUAAACUAGCUCCAGAUGGUAAGAAAGAAUUCUGCUGACAGACAAAAGGAAAAAGGAAUCAGCAUUUCAACCCUGAAGAUUUUGCAGUCUAGAAUCUCCAGGAAAAGGAGUUGCAAGCUGUUAGUUAUUCUUGCUGUGGAGCUAUGGAAUAUGCAGUGUAUGUUAAUGGUAAACCCUCCUGCUGGUGAAUAUACUUUGGGGGAGACCUAAUAAUCCUUUUUGAUUUUUUCUUUUAGCUGUGUUGUGUUGCUAUGCCAAACACAACAGAAGGGUUAAAAGACUCAGACAUUUUCUUUCAGUUAUUUAAAGCAAGCAGUACCCAGACUAGUAAAACUAUAAAAUAACCUAUUUUAGUACUAUUAAAUUAGUAGCACAUGCAGUUUCACUCAAUAGUUGUCAAAUUCAGUGCUUUCAGGGGACACUGCCAGGCUCUUUAGUCAGAAGGGCGAUACCAGGCAUGGCUGCACAUACAGUGGAGGGUGCUGCAGAGACGGCUGAGCUUGUGCACCCAGGAAAACAGGCCUAGGUCUUGUGAGGAGCCAGCCACGUGCCCCGCUGUGCCUGAGCUAAUGUAUUUUUUUUUCCAGGGUGGCUAAUUAGCAUGGGCAUAACCCGGUACUGCCCUGACUCCACUGCUUCUGGUCUCAGAGCCAGUCUGGUAUCACUGCAGGGUGCUGUGUGGCAGGGCAGCAUUAGAUCCAUGGAGCAUAACUUGAGACACUUGAGUUCGUCAUUCAGUUGUUCAGUCUUUUGUCUGUUUUGGCCAGCCAGUUUCUGAGACUUCUGCAGCUCGUUAUGCCUGGAAGAAACGCCCAUGUCGUGAAAGCAGUACACAGAUCAGCAUAUUUAUUAAACCUAUGCCCUGUUAGCCUUUUUGAAAUAAUUUUUUUAUAUAUAUAUAUAUAGGGUUCAACCUAUAAAAGGUGUAAAAAGGUGUAUUGACAAUCUCUAAACCGCUAAAACCACAUCAGCCUUGGCAAUGCCACUGCAACUUCUUCUUCUUCUUCUUUUUUUUUUUUUUUUUUUUUUAAACUCAACAGUGAGCUAGUUUGAGCACCUGGUGAGCUAUGGAAAAAUGUAGAUUUAAAAGUACAAAAGAUGCAGUGUGAGCACUUGAACUAAGAUGUCUCAGAGCAGUCCUUUAAAUACUGGGAAACAGGAUAUUUUUGGCUAGGUCUUUUCUAAUAUCUUGCACUGCACGUUUCAUUUUGCUUGGCAAGAUUAAACAAAAUCAAUGGGAAAAAGAUAAAUCUGAAUGACAGAAACUUACUUGGAGCUCCUAGGUUCUUCUCAAAUUAGUAUUAUAAAUAUGUUAAGUAAAAUACAAUAGCUUCAGCAGGAAAGACUUGGACCUGUGUUCAAAUGCUUGAUACCCUGACAGACAAGGCAGAAUGCUUUGUGCAGUGGAUAAAAGGCUAAGCCUUGACUCCAAGAGAGUCUAUGACUGAAAAAAACAUCACAGUGCAGCUCGGCACCUCUUCAUGGUGCCCGAGGGGAGGUGUUUCUAACAACUGCUGUAGAUGGCUUUCAGCACACCUCCCUGUUCUGGGGGAAUCUGCAUCAGGAAGCUGAGGAUUAUAACAGGAAUUUCACUGGGGCGCAGAGCAUCUGUAAUGUAGGUGUUUUCAGUGCUGUGCCUGGUACCCCUGAAUCCAGCCUGAAGCAUAUAAUAAAAUUACCCUCUCUGCUACCUCUGGCCUCCAUGAAAACAUGGCAGGGCCUUGUCAUUCCCAUUACUGCCAUAUGGGGAAUCAAGCAUUAAGUCAGCCAGCCAACUAAUAGACAUUUCAGGUACUAGUAGUCACAUUACAACUAAUUUACAUUCUUUUAGUGUUUAGUCUGACUUUCAGACUUUAGUGAAAGGUUUACCUUUCUUACAUUCUGUAUUUUCUCCUUCAAUAUACCUGAUGUUAGAUGUAUUAGACAGUGGUCUACAGACUAUUAUUAAUAAAUACUCAAUAUUUAUGUUAUGGGUUCUGAAACUCUAUUUAUGUGACCAUUUUAUCACUGUUUCAUACUUACAAAGGAAACCCAAUGCUUUGCUAUUUUCUUCUUUUUUAUAUUAAGGAAGUUGUUUUUCUCUGUAACACACAGAUCUUCUUCUUCUCCCAGCUUCAGUUGAGGAUGCAGCUGUGACCAUGUUUUUCCAUUGAGGGUUAUUGAUGCCUUUGCCUUAAUGUAUGGAAACAGCGUAUUUCAGUCCCCCUCUUCAGCUUUACUUUGGGGCCAGGUUCUCUGCAGCUGUGACAUAGCAAGGUUCAAACAGCAGGAGCUGGUGGCUGAGAGCUACCUGAGAACGUGGCCUGGGGCUGCCCCAGCCAGCCUGCCCCACGGCCCACAGCAGCUGGCCACAAGCAGGAUUUCAGCAAGGUUUGUUUUUGGGACACCAAGCCAAAAAGGUAUCCCAGAAAGGCCCAGCCUGACAGCUCUCCCCCAAAUGAGGUCGUCAGAGGCUUCAAAAACUAGAAAGCACUGGAGAACAUAUAGUUAUUUCAUGUAAAUAUAAGCACUACCAAAUGAUCAGAUGAAAGUAAUUCCACAUUUUAAUAAAUUGGGUUUGGCCUGUCACCAGAUUCCAAGCAGUCCCUCCCAAGAAACAAGGGAGAGUCCUGCUUAAAACUACUGUCCAGUCCCUGUCUAUGACCGGUUUGAAGAAGUUAGAGACUGAGCCCCAUCCCAAAUGCCUGUACGAGGGAGCAGGAGGAUUCUUCCUUUCCCACAGUUUUGUCUGCCACAACAUUCCAUGUAAAAAGGAAAUUUGUAAUUUUAUAAAUGUAUUUUUAUACUGCUUUUUUUCCUAUAUGUGCACAUAAAACAGGCAAACAUACUCCUCCUUCCAGUGUAUCAAGCCUCUCCCUGUGUACUGCCAUAAUGGUUAUGAUCAAAAUUUCAGUUUCUCUUACAAGUGUGCCAUAGCUGUACCUCCAAGUGGAGCUACAGUCAAGCAGAUGUGUUUCUUUAUAGCUGCACUAAUAAAAAUUUACAAUCAUUUUCCAAGUAA